GGACGCACUGUUUGGUCCGGCGGGGAGGGUGGGGGAAAGCUGACGGGAGGACAUGCAGGCUCGCUACUCCGUGUCCAGUCCCAACUCCCUAGGAGUGGUGCCGUACCUCGGCGGAGAGCAGAGCUACUACCGCGCCGCUGCGGCGGCGGCCGGCGGGGGCUACACGGCCAUGCCGGCCCCGAUGAGCAUGUACUCCCACCCGGCCCACGAUCAGUACCCGGCCGGCAUGGCCCGAGCCUACGGGCCCUACACGCCACCGCCACAGCCCAAGGAUAUGGUGAAGCCGCCCUACAGCUACAUCGCCCUCAUCACCAUGGCCAUCCAGAACGCUCCCGAUAAGAAGAUCACCUUGAACGGGAUCUACCAGUUCAUCAUGGAGCGGUUCCCUUUCUAUCGGGACAACAAGCAGGGCUGGCAGAACAGCAUCCGCCACAACCUCUCCCUCAACGAGUGCUUCGUCAAGGUGCCCCGCGACGACAAGAAGCCCGGCAAGGGCAGCUACUGGACCCUCGACCCCGACUCCUACAACAUGUUCGAGAACGGCAGCUUCCUCCGCCGCCGCCGCCGCUUCAAGAAGAAGGACAAAUUGAUUACAACGAAAAUAAGAUUAGCAGUGCCGGCCGUCCCCGCGGCAGGCAGUGAGAAGUGCGGGCUUGGCCGCGGGAGGCGCGCAGCCGUGUACCGCGGGUCCCUGCGCCACAUUGCACGGGUGGGGGUCGGCAGCUCCGGGCUCUGCCGGGCCGGAGCCUUCGGCAUGAGGCAUUGA